ACCAGCGCACUGAAGGGAAGGAACCGUAGUCACCGGCUAUCAGCUGACUCUUUCAUCCUGAAGACACUGGAGGAGGACGACGACGACGACCAACAUGUGCACCAGCGUCCAGCCUGUUGAAUGGACCACUGACCUCAAGAACCAGAAUUUUGAUGGCGUCGUGUUGGUGACCCAGAGCCACGACACACUGCCCUCGGAGCUCGAGAGUCUGAAAGCUCCACUGCAGGACUACAGCUCUGUGGACAGCGGUCUCGGGGAGGAGGUGGUGGUCCUGAAGGUCCCUGGUCUUCCUGGUAACCGCCUUGUGUUUGCCUCCACCGGCCCAGUAAACCGCGACUACGAUGACAUCAGGCGUUUCAACGAUGCAGCAGUCAACGGCAUCAAAAGGGCCUUGAAAGCAGGCAUGCAGCGCCCCCUGCUGGUCUGCCCUCCACAUAAGGACUAUAAGAACAACACUCUGGUGGCUGCGCUCGGCGCCCUUCAUGCUCUCUACAUGCCCCUGGAAGUGCGGGAGGUGAACCUAAAGCCCACCGACUUCAAGGUGUGUGUUCUGGGUCUGUGGGCAGCGCAGGAGGCGGAGGGAAAGAGACUGGUGGAGCUAGCCAAUGCUCUGGAGAGCGGGAGACUGGCAUGUCGUGACAUUGGAGGCUCGGACCCUGAACGUAUGGCUUCUCCCCGUGUGGCUGAUUACGUCCAGGAGCUCUUCAAGGACAGCCCUGUGCAGGUCGAAGUGGUGAGCGACCUGAAGGUUCUGGAGAAAGAGUACCCCUGUCUAGCUGCAGUCAACCGCUGUGCCAACAGUGUACCUCGUCACCAGGCCAAAGUGAUCAAGCUGCAGUACUGUGGAGAGGGGCCGGUCCAAACGACGCUCAUGUUGGUGGGAAAGGGCAUCACAUACGACACUGGCGGAGCAGACAUCAAGGCUGGUGGUUUCAUGGCUGGGAUGCACAGAGACAAGUGUGGAGCUGCUGCUGUGGCCGGCUUCUUCCAGAUUUUAGCCAAGUUGAAGCCAAAACAUCUGAAGGUCAUCGGCUCCAUGGCCAUGGUGAGGAACAGUGUCGGUGCAGACUGCUACGUGGCCGACGAACUGCUGGUUUCCCGUGCGGGUCGCAGAGUGAGAGUGGGAAACACAGAUGCUGAGGGACGUAUGGUGAUGGUCGACCUGCUCUGUGAGAUGAAGGAGAAGGCAGUACGUGAGACUUCUCCUCAACUGUUUACUAUUGCGACUCUGACUGGUCACGCCAUCAGAGCCAUGGGACCAGAGUACUCUAUCAUCAUGGAUAACGGACCGGCCCACCGCAGCAACAAUGCUGCUCAGUGGCAGAAAGGUGAGACAUUUAGUACAGAUAAAUUUGAAGUUCACUUUUAA